AUGCAGUGCCUGGUGCGGGCGGUUGUGCAGAGCACUUGCGCAGUGGUGGAGGGUUACGACGGCCAGAGGUUUGCUUCCACUGGCCGUGGUGCCAGCGCUGCCAAGGGCUACUACAUCAAACAGAGGCACGUCGCCCUACACAAGCGCAUGAGAUUGGCACACAAACACCACCAACUGCAGAGGAUAUUGGCCAAGCUGGGGGCGAUGGAGGGGAACUUGGAUAAGGUGGAAGUGCCACUAGGAGUGGGAGCCGAGAUAGGGAGAUGGUUCUGUGCUGCCAUAGGUGGCAUCCUAAUAGCUUAG